UGACCACUUCACACAUAGAAAAGAGUCAUAAAACUAACACAAAACACAUUCAUUCACACAAAAACCAAAGCGAGCCGAAGGCAAAGCAAUAGCUCUCGCAGCACUCAUUGCUGACUGUUGUGGCCAAACACUACAAAAUGCAACCAUUGUAGAGAGAAACUAAUAAUUAAUUCUUCACUUCCCUUUCCAGAUCCCAAAUCAAAUCUGAGAAAUAUUUGAUGAUGGCAAACCAAUUGGAGAGCUUGGUACAGUCGAUAAAAUCGAAGGUUCGAGCUCUGAAGAAGAAAAAGAAGCCAUACGUGAAGAUGGACAAGAGCUCGAGUGUCAAGGUCGAGAUCCGUAGCAGGAAGGCUCGAAAGCUCAUCGACAAGACACUCAAGGUUGCUGAUCAACCUGGGAAGCGUAGCCUUUCUUAAUAUUCAUACCUUUGUAUAUGUGUUUUGAGUUUAAACUAUACAUAGUAAUUUGCAUGUUGUCUUGCUCUGUUUUUGUGGGUUUUAUCUUUGUUUCGUGAGUGGUGGUCUUGUUGUGCCUACCGAUUCCGUGUUUUUGUUUUUGUUUUUAAGGUUUCGAAACCUUUGGAGAAGAAAACGACACAAGGGUUUGAAACCAUUUUGGAACCGUUUCGGAUUGGCUUAUAUAUAAGAAACAAGGAUUUCUUCCUGAUUAUAUA